UGUGUAUUUUAUAUAAUUAGAUGUUUUAUUAUUUUUAUUUAUAAAGACUGAUAUUAAUUGAUUAAUUAAUAAUCUAUCUAAAUAAAGAGAUAGCGUAUCGAAAGUUUGUUAACAGUAAUGGUUCAGUUAAUUGUCAAGUGUUUUAAUUUAACAGAUUACUUAAUGUUAUAUUAGGAGAAAUCUGUAUAUUUAAGAUGCAGUCUAGAUCAUCGAAAGGAAAUUUAAGCAAGCCUAAUUACGGAUUGCGUAAAAGGAAAUAUAAAGGAACGGCUAAGGAUGAAGAAACUCUUGAAUGUUCAGAUAAAGCAACUCAAGUGGUUAGUGAUCUUGAGAAUAUAGAAAAUAAUUUUCAGAUAGCCGAUGGAAAUAAUCCUAUAAUUCAGUUCAAAUAUGAUUUAAAGAAAGUUUUAACUGACUCCAAUCACAAUUUAGAAAAAUGGUUGGAUUUGGACUCAUUACCAUAUUGUCUAAUGAAUUUAAACAAAUGCAUGCAAAACCAUGCAUAUAAAAAUAAUUUUUCUAAAUAUGUUAUUAGUCAAGAAUUAAGUGUAAUGCUUUUAUUGUAUAUUAAAAACAAAGAGUAUCUGGAGGCUUGCAAAUACCUGCAAUUUUGCAUUACAGUAGUAUGUAAAAUUCCUAAUGAAUCUACAUUAAUUGAAUUUCUGAAAAUAAUCAUGGAUAUCCAUAACUCUGAAGAUGAUAGAGACUUACAUAUUUUUAUAUUAAAAAUGAUUGAAGAUUGCUUUAUAACUUUAUUUGCUUUAUAUCCUUCACAUAUAAAAUAUAUGAGACAAUAUUAUAAAAGACUACUUACCAUGCCGCUUCAAAAUUGUAAACACAAAGAUCAUGAAAACUAUGAAAGUUUCAAUGGAAUUUUUUUUACUGCAUAA